UGUUUUUAUUAUUAUUUAUAUUUAAUUAUGUUAUUAUUAUUUUUUCUCUCUGAAUAACAUGAUUUAAAUUGGCAUAAUCAGUCUCUCUGGUCUCAGCUGCGCUUUCACACUCUGACCAGCAAGGGUGCUAGAGGGCAGGCGGAGCAGGGAAGGAGGCGCAAAGGCUCACGGUAGUUUUAGUUCUCGGUGGCGGACGGUUGGUCUGAAAACACCGCGAACAACAACAAAACCAAACAUCCUAAAUAAAACACGGGGCUCGGGUCCGGUAGUAGCGUCCGCUGCGUGUACUGCAGGCUCGGCUGAGCUCGGGAGGAUUCCGUCGUCGCGCGGAGAACAUCGGCUCAGUUUGGGGUGUAAAAAUAAACAGGAAGUUGUUGUUAGCUUUGUGGGACGUGUAGUUCCGCUUGCAGGCCGCGGAGAGUAACAACAAUAAAUUAACCCGAGCUUCAGCAGCUUCAUCGCGGGCGCUGAGGUCAACAUGCCCGGCUUCACCUGCUGCGUGCCCGGCUGCUACAACAACUCGCAUCGGGACCGGGAGCUGCGGUUCUACACGUUCCCCAAAGACCCUGCGAUGAGGGCGCAGUGGCUGAGGAACAUUUCCCGGGCCGGGGUCAGCGGCUGCUUCAGCACCUUCCAGCCCACCACGGGUCACCGAGUGUGCAGCGUGCACUUUCCCGGCGGGAGGAAAACGUACACCAUCAGAAUCCCGUCUCUUUUCCCACUCCGAGGCGUCAAUGAGCGCAGGAGUCGGCGGGGCAGAGGCAAGAAAACGUCCGCCGGGGUCCCCGCACCCGCCAGCGCCGCAGCCGCCGCUACAGCGAGCUCCGGGAUCAUGAUCACCAGCGUGCUGGGUAACACCGCGGGAGGAGCCGAGGGCACCAUAGGCGGCGAGGCGAGCGACGACACCAUCACCGUGGUUCAGAUUGGCCAUAACGGGGAGUAUCUGGGCACAGCGCGGCUGCCCGUCCCAGCGGAGGGGACGUGUAACACCGCGGCGGUGGGCAACACGGACGCGCUCACCCCCGCCGACGACGCGCCGGUGGAAGGCGCCGCCGCGUCUGCCGUUGCCGCUCUGCAGUUCGUUAGUUUGACCAGCAGCCCGCUGGACCACUCUUACUCCCUGACCACCGGGACAACGUCUGCCGAGCUCCUGCGGAAACUGAACGAGCAGCGGGACAUCAUCGCACUGAUGGAGGUGAAGAUGAAGGAGAUGAAGGCGACCAUCCGCCAGCUGCGGAUCUCCGAGGCUAAGCUGAAGGAGGAGGUGCGGGAGCGGGACCGGCUGUUGGUCGGGAAAGCGGUGGCUUUCCCCCCCCGGAAGAUGAUGUGAUCACCGGUCACUGAGAGAGCGACGAGUCGCUGCCCAGACUCUGAUUGAAAGACAGCGAUUCGAGACCAGUUUUUGUAUAAAACUACGAGCGAUGGCAGAUUAUUUUCUCCACGUAGAAGUUCAUCUUUCGUAGGCUAGAUGUGAAAAGAGUUGGCUGCCUAGAUUAGGUGCUGAUAGUUAUAAUCUCACUGCUAUUCUGCAAAUCACACCAAUUUUCAACUGAUAACCUGCAGCCAAACUGAGGUCAAUAACACACAUUUCAUGAAUCCAUGUUAGGGACGUAGAGCUGACUACAUAUUUAUAACCAGACUGAUGCUAGAAGUUGCCUUUAGUUGUAAAAAAAAAAACAACGUUAACAAAGUUUUUAUAAAAGACAAUGAGAGCUACGUCCACACAACUUCAUCUUCAUUUGAUAAAUGGUUUGUCCCACGCUUCGGCUGUAGACUUAGAGGGUUUGAAAAGUGAAGCCUUGGAAGUCGGUCAGAAGUGGCAUUUGUCCACCUGUAGAGUCAAAAUGAGCUUCUAAAACCUGCCAGUUAAUCACUUCUAUGGUCGUAGUCACCACUGGGAUUGACAACUUCCUUUUUUUUAAAGGUCGGACAUAGCUCUGGUCACAAUCGCAACUCUCAUGACUUCAAAAAUGAGAGUCUGUGGCUUGUUUUAAAGAUCCAGUGUGUAAAAUUCUGGUGAUUUAUUUUUUCUUUUGCCAGAAAUUGCAAAUCGCCCAACUGUAGUAUUUGUUGUAUUUCUUUUAAAAUUAUUUCUAUCAGGUCUAUGGAGGCGGUCGUUUUAGACCACUAUGUUUUUACAGUAGCCCACAAUGGACAAGAACUAAAUGUCUUUUGUGUUUUGAAGCCAACUGAAGGCUACAUAGUUUAUCAUACACACCUGGAGGUGAAGAGUAAGGCGAGGGAUACUUUCAUAUGCAAAUCAAUAAACAACAAAUGUUACUACAUUUUACACACUGUAUCUUUAAGGAAAAUCCCAAAUUCACAUCACCACCAACAUUUUUAACAACAUUUAUUUCUUUGUAAUCUGCAGUCUGCGUUUACUUUUUUGAGUUCUGGGUGAAAACCACCUGCGUCCAUGCUCGCACACCUGAAAAUGGAAGUCACGCGAUUAGACACACCUGGCGUGUGUGAGCAGAUGUCCACGGGAAGUCUGUGGUGACAAGUAAGGACAAGGGAACAUCUGUUAUGACACGGACGACGAGGUGAAAGUCGAGGAAAGUGUUGACGGAGCUUCACACGCACCUCCCGGCGUUAGGAGCUCACGUUGUUUUCAAAUGUCUCCCAUUCUCAGAGCGCAGAACUUAUGCAAUGUUGAAAUGGAAGCAGUGGGAUGUAGCUUCAGAGGAUUGUCCCAGAACCACAGAACAACGUCAUCGCUGUAAAACAUGACGAAUAUGGCGAUCUCGCGUCAAAUAAUCGAGGGAACUGCCUUAAAGAAUAAAAGUGAACUAAAUACAGGUGUUAGUCUUGAUUUUAGUCGACUAAUAUCAUGUUGUGGUGUUUUUGUUUUGCUUAAUUUUGAAGUUGUAGCUUUAAUAUAGCGAGUACAGCAGAGCGUUGGUCUUUAUAUUCACUGCGGGAAAGAAAACAGAUGACAAACUUGAGUUGGUAACUCUUGAAUGAAUGACGUUACAUGAUGCUGAUGAUAACCUAUUUACAUUAGUUUGAUUGAACCUAAUUAUGUUGAAAAGUUGUCACCCAUCUUCUCUUUUUAGUGGACUGUACUUGACCUGUACUGUGUGAACAUGUGUUACUGGUUUAUCUCACCAGGGCAGUGUGUCCCCAAAUGAUUUUUUAUUACGAGGACCCACUUUUUAAAGAUGGCAAACUGUCGCAGUGCAAAUUAAAUCACGACAAGAGCAAAUGUGUUGCACAAUGUAGCAGCUACUUUACAGCCAUAUUUGUAACGCCUAACAUUAAAUGACAUUGAACUGGCAAACUGGUAAAUUAAUUAAAAUGCUAAUAAUAAUUUGUUUGGGGACCCAUAUAAAAAAUAAAAAACAUCUAUGAGUUUUUUUAAGUAAAGUAAAAGAAAAACGGCAUUUCUUUCUUUCAGAUUUUUGUUUGUUUACACGUGGCCCUAACACUCUUCUAUACGACCCUCACUGCACUGGGUCAGGGUUAGGGUUAGGAUGCCCCCCCGAUAAGGUUGCAUCGGGGGUACAGGACGGAGGGGAGGUCACAUGGAAUCUGCCAUAUUUUGCAUUUUGUAAAUGAAAAAAGCCGGCGACACUUCUGAGUGUAUACUGCCCCUACUGUUCUUUGUGAGUUUCAUCUCCCGUUGAUCAAGCAGGCGCUGGGAACGUGAAGUAGGCGUAAUAUCGCAUAUGUGGAUGUAUUUGAGCAAGUGUAUCCCUGGCUCUUCUUUUGUAACCAAACACUAUUCGUCAUGGCACAGUUAUGGUGUUGUAACCCUGACUUUAUCUGAGAUGCCUUCGCAGUCGUUUGAGUUGCUCGAAAACAUCUGUGCAACAGAAAAAAGGACUUUAAAGAAUUCCUAUAAAACUUGAAAGGCCACUCGAAGAAUGAAAUCAUAUUAAAAAAAAGUUGUUUCUUGAGGACGUUCGUUUGUUUGAUUUUUUUUUGUUCUUCUUUCCCCGAGUUCUUGUUCAGUACGUAAAAUAUCAGAAAACGUUUGCCAAAGCUGGAAAUAAUGAUGUUCUCUAAUGUCUUGUUUUGUUCACAAGCUAAAAAUGAUUUUGUUUUAAUGAAAACUGAUGAAGAAACCUGAAAAUAUUCACAUUUAAGAAGAAAUGAAUACCCAAACAGAUAAAAAGGAUAUCAAAAUAGUUGACAGUUAUCAAGACUCGUUAUGUAACUUAUUUUUACUUAUUAUUAUUUGCUUCAGUUUUGCAACUUUUUUAUGCCUGUUUUUGGGGUCUGAUUGUUUUUCUGGCAAUUUUUGUGGGGCUGCAGCUAAUACAUAUUAUUAUUAUUAUUAUUAUUAUUAUUAUUGUAGAUACAUCCAUUUAAUGUCAGACAAUAGCGAAAAACGUCCAAAGUCUUCACAUUUUGUCCACAAACCGGAGACAUUCAGUUCACUGUCAAGUUUAAAGAAACCGAAGAAUCAGACAACUUGCUUUUAUUUUAAAACAAAAACAAUGAAUUCAAUACUAAAAGCACUGGUAAUGAAUUUAUUAUUGAAUUAGUAAUUAUUUGAAUUGUUGUUGUUCCAGAUUUCUGACUUUGGUCUCAGUUCUAAGUCCUUUCUGAAACGAGGUCAACAUGUGUCUCGACUUAAAACAGAAACACGCUGUUUGUUUUAGUCACUUUCUUUGUAGUUGAGGCAGCUUUGGCUCAGUGAAACACUGCAGUGAUAUUUUCUUUUUUAGGAGGAGUAAGAGAUGAACAUUUUGAAGUUUGAGUGGCUGCAGAAAGUUCUGUCACGUGGUCGGAGUGUUGAUUUUCCGGCUGUGUUGAAUUGUGGGGAAAAUAAAUAAAAUUUGUAUGAUAUUAA